UGGGUUAGUCAGAGCGUUUCUGCAGCCAAUCAUACGCGACGGUAACAAACCGGACACGCCUACUACCAGUGACGCUCUACAGGAUAUAGAAACGUUAUUUUUGUUUUUGCGCCGGGGAGCGAGAGAGCGAAGAGGUCGCUGAGCAAAAAGGAGUUGCUGAUUAUAUGUGAAUGGGAAUUCCCCAGUAAGUGAAACCCAGUCUGAAACUGAAACCAGUGAAGAUGGACGUCAGCGUCUCCGUGUCGUUCUUUCAAGACGAGCUCGCCUCUACCAUCGAGCACGCAGUGAAAGCGGCUGUAGACACCGUCUUGUGCCAAAUCACAAAAGUUGUCGGCGGCAAAUUCACUCAAUUCCAAAUGGAAAUGGCUGGAAAGGAGAAAGAGAAUGAAAGUCUGAAGCUGAGAUUGGAAAUAUCAGAGAGCGAGUUGAAAGCGGUGCGGGAAUGCCUCAGUGCGGCGGGUGCAAACAUCAAACAAGCUCUCAUGAACAUAAACCCCGACUGUGAUGAACAAGACUUUCCAAGGAAUGAGAACCAGGCACUAUUGACCAGAGUUCAAGAUCCUGAAGAGAGACCUGCUUCCAGUGACGAAGAGGAGGGGCCAGUGAUAGAAGCUGUUUACACACACGAGGAAAUCUCUGAUCAGGAGUGGUGUGUAACUCAAAUGGAGAUUACAAAGCUGACAUUUGUUGACAGUAAAGACCCUGAACUUGAACCUGUCCGCAUUAAAGAGGGCGUCCCAGAUCUGGAGUGUGUUCACAUCACAGAGGAAGUUUCUAAUAAAGAUGAAGUCAGUAUACUGGAGGGGAAUAUGGUGAAGCUGGGAUCUAGCCAUUGUGAUGAGUCCCCACCUGAACUCUCCUGCGUGAAACCCAAUCAGCCUGUCUCUGAAGACGCUGGUUCUAGUGUUGGAGAAGAUGGCACUGUGCUGGGGUCCAUUCAGAGGAAACAUCACCCCCCUCAGGAAAGAGCUGCAGAUGGAAAGGAGGAUGGAGCGAUGGCGUCCACGAGCAGCACAGCAUGUGAGUAAAGCUGAGGACAGCAAUGCAAAGUGUUAACAAACUGAGAGGUGGAGCGUGCAAACUGGAGAGUGUUUGGGCUACUACACAUUUUAACACAUUUUCUUGUCGGUCAUCUAGAUUCAAAUUAGAACAGUACUAAUGGACUCCCCUUAAAUAUAUAAUAAGACAAAUAAUUUUAAUAAUAAUAAGAAGAAAUGGAGUAAUGAAUAUUAUUAUUAUUAUUAUUUAUUUCUUAGCAGACGCCCUUAUCCAGGGCGACUUACAAUUGUUACAAGAUAUCACAUUAUACAUUAUUUCACAUUAUACAGAUAUCACAUUAUUUUUACAUACAAUUCCCCAUUUAUACAGUUGGGUUUUUACUGGAGCAAUCUAGGUAAAGUACCUUGCUCAAGGGUACAACAGCAGUGUCCCCCACUGGGGAUUGAACCCACAACCCUCUGGUCAAGAGUCCAGAGCCCUAACCACUACUCCACACUGCUG